AGAUACUUUGAUUUGAUUUUAUUGGUAAAAGAAAGUUAUUCCUAAAAAUUGCUUAGAUGGUUAUAUUAUUAUAAAAAAAAUUAUUUGAAUAGCAUAUAAAUUCAUAUAUGUUGUAGAAAGAGAAAUGGCAACUAGCAUCGAAUCAUUGGAGAUUGGAAUCGAAAAAGAUAUUAAGAGAAGUUGUCAAUUUACAACAGUUGCAUCAUCGUGUAUUGAAAAAAUUAAAAUUAAUUUUAAAAGUUUGCAAAGUGAACUUGAAGAACAUAUAGAAUGGCUAAAACAAGGAAAUAUUAUGCAAGGUUACAACACAAAUGCUUUGAAUCGUAUUGAGUAUGAUGAAAAAAUUUCUUCCUAUAAAAGUACUGUAACAUGGGAAGGAGACUUUUAUUCCUCAAAGCUUAAUCCAACUAUUCAAGGUAUUCUUAGAUUGGCAGAGCGACUUGAGGGAGAUUGCGUAAGAUUGUCUCAUCUUCUAGAACAAGAAAAAGAAAGAACUAGAAAACUAAGAGAAGAUCUUUAUAAUAAAACAUAUGGAAGAUAUCAUGAACUUUGCAAAGAUGUACAAAAAGAGCAUGAAAAAUGUGUAUUUGAUGUGCAAGAACUUAAGUGGCAUUGUGAUUUUCAAGGAAGAAUUGAAUCACGUCUUAAAGAGAAAAUCAGACAAGCUAGUAAUAUCAAUGCCAAGUUGCAUAAAGAAAUAAGUUCUAUUGAAGUUAACUGUCCAUUGAUCAAAGAAAAACUUGAGAUUGAAAAAGAUGCAAAACUAAGAAUAAAAAAUGAGCAGACCAUAGUAAACAAACAAUUAAGUUUAACACGAGAAAAACUUAAUAUUCAAGAGUCUGAAUUUAUCAGAUUCAGUAAAAUAUUUAACAAGGAACAAGAGAUUUCUGCAAACAACCUAAUGCUGUUAUCAAAAAAACUAAGUGAUAUGGGAACAUCUUACCUGAAUCUUCAAAAAGAACACAAAGAAAUGAGUGAUAGAUUAUCAGAGGUGCAAAGCAUUUAUGCAACAUUAGAAAGCGAGUUAUCUGUAAUUGAUCAGAGAAUCAAUGAAAUAGAAUUGCUUAGUUCUGAAAUAGAAAAAGAUAUACAGCAGACUGCAGAAAGUAGCACUAGGCUUAAGAUUGAACACGCUGAAUUGGUAGAGGAAGAAACUCUUAACAAACAAAAAUACUUAGAUCUUGAACAAUUUUUUAAGCUUGAACUGGAGCAAUUAAAUGUGCAAGCUUCACAAAAAACAAACAGUUUGAGAACUUUAGUUCUUGCUAAUCAAAAGUUGGAGAUAGAUAUUAAUGAUUUGCAAACAAAAAUUUCAGAGAGUGAGAAAAAGAAAUUAUCUGACAUUAAAACAGCCAGUCGUGCUAUAACAGAUAAAGAAAAGGUCCAUUUUGAUUUACAGAUCAUCCAAGAAGAAACUAAAAGACUUCAAAUUAUUCAUAAUAAGUUGUUAUCUGAAUAUCAUAAACAACGUAACCAGGCAACAGAAAUUGAAGAAAAUUUAACUGUUCGAUGUCAAGAUCUCAAGACACAAAAUGAAGAAGAAAGUCACAAUUGUAUUAUCUUAAAGGCACGAAUUAAAUCAGACACAGCAGAGUUUUUAUCUCAGAAAAAGGUGUGCGAAGAUAAUCGGUUCAAGCUUAACGAUAUAAAAGACAAAGUAGAAGGUUCUUUGUUGACAGUAGAUCAACAGGUUAAUUUGCUCAAACAUAAAAAUGAUAUAAGUCAUAAGGCACUUCAAGGAUUUAAAGACUUGAUAUCUCAAGUUGUCAUUAAGAAUUCAACAAAACAAAUUUCAUUAGAGAAUGAAAUUGCAUUGCUGGAGUCAAAAGAAAAAACAUUGAAGAAAGAAAUAUCUGAAGUAACUGAGAAUAAAAUUUUACAAGAGGAUACUACAACAGAUUUAGAAAUAAAAAUGUCUAAAAUGAACUCGUUAAGAGUUAAUAUAGAGAAGAGCAUAUCAAUUAUCGAAGCUGCAAUCAAUGAUCUCAAUGAAGAAAAUGAAGAGUUGGAUAUGGCAAUAAAUUUAAACACCAACAUUGAAAACACGCUUAAAUCUGCUUUAAAAGAAAUUGCAAAUGAUCGUUUUGAAGCACAAGCUGAAAUUCAUAAAGAAAGAAUGUUACAACGAAAUCAAGUGUUACAGAAAACACAAGCGCAAGUCCAAGAAGUUCGUUCAACAAAUGCAAUCCUUGCACGCAAGUACAGUUUAUUGCAAAGCAAACAUAUUUCAAUAAAAAAUGAAUUUGUUAAUUCUUAUGAGAAAUUCGCCCUUGCACAAGAUAGUUUACGAGACAAGCAAAACCUUUGCAAAACAUUUGCUCAAUUACAUGCAGCAUUGGAAUGUGUUUUUAAAGAUCGCGAAAUUCAAACCAAAGUCGGUAUAGCAAAAUUUUCGCAAAUGACGAUAAAAAAUGCGACAGAAAUAUCUGAAAUACAUAAUGAAUUAAAAGUUGUUGUUGAUCGUAUAUCAGAGUUUUUGGAAUCUAUUAACAAAUUAUGCUAAUUAUAAUGACCUAUAUAUUUCUUAUAUAACCUAUAUAUUUCUUAUAUCGUUUAUAAUAACCUAUAUAUUUCUAUAUCGUUUCAUUAUUUAAAAUUAUUAUUUAUGAUUAUUUAGCAUCAUUUAAUGUGUUUGUAUCCUUGGUACUCUAUAUAUCUCUGUUGCCAUAAGUUACCCUGGUGAUUCUCGGAAAUUUAAUCAUGUACAAUAGUAUUAUUGUGCACGAUUAAAUUUAUAUUAGUACAUUACAUUCAGUACAUUAAUGUACUAAAUGUAUUCAGUGUAUGAACAAUAUGAUUGA